AUGAAUUAUUUGGAGAAUGAGGAAGGUCAAGAGAAUUUAAAAAAGAUCGAUUCAAAUAAUGAAGAUGAGCAAUACUAAUAUACAUCAAAUGAAAUCAUACCUCCUUUUAAAGCAUAUAUUUCAAAAGAAUAAACCAAAAUGCCUUAAUAACGAUUUUACACUCUAAUAAACAAAGAAACCAAUUCUAAAAAUAUUCCAAAAACAUUUGGGAACAAUUUUAAAAAGUUUAUGGACAAUGUUGCCAUCAUAAAUAGAGGGUAAAAAUCUCGACCACCAUUCCCAUAAUAAAUGGAAAGAUUUUUAAAUAAAAAAAAUAAAGGAAAACAAUCAACUUACAUACUUAAAGAUUUUCAAGCUUUAUUUAGCAAUGAAAUAUGUAGGAAAUGGUUUUAAUUUUACAUGGAGAAUUGUGCCUUUUUAGAUCUGAUAUAAUCCAAUAGAAUUGAAGAUGUAGAGGAAUUUAUACUGGCUAUUGAAUAAUAUUUAUUGGGUGCUUAAGAUCCAGACAACUUUUUAUUAUAAAGAAAAUAAAAACACAAAGAGGCAGCCAAAUUGUAGAAGAUUUAGAUGAAAUUGGAUGAAGUAAAAUAAGAUUACGAUUCUAAUAUCCAAUUUAUAAGCUACAAUGAAGAAUAAUCUUCUAAUUUUGACAAUUGA